UCCCUGAAACGUGCACCCUAGCCCUGUGCGAGCAGCGCUGCCAGCCAUGGCUAGAGCUGCGUUGCUCCUCCCUGUUGCUCUGGUGCUGUGCCUUGCCCUGGCGGGCAGCGCCGGCGCGGCGAGGAAGAUGGUUGGGGUCUACGAGCUCAAGAACAAGAAGGGAGAUUUCUCCAUCAAGGUCACCAACUGGGGAGCCACCCUCAUGUCUGUCAUCGUUCCUGACUCCAAAGGGAACCUGGCUGAUGUCGUCCUUGGGUAUGACACCAUUGCUGAGUAUGUGAACGGUUCUUCUUACUUCGGGGCGCUGGUCGGCCGUGUGGCCAACAGGGUCGCCAAGGGCCGCUUCGUGCUCGACGGGAAGGCCUACCACCUGUACAUCAACGACGGCAAGAACGCACUCCACGGUGGCCACAGGGGUUUCAGCAAGGUCAUCUGGACGGUGAAGGAGUACGUGCCUGACGGCGACUCCCCCUACAUCACCUUCUACUACCACAGCUUCGACGGAGAGCAAGGAUUCCCGGGCGACCUGGACGUGUACGUGACGUACCAGCUGUCCAGCCCCUACGAUCUGAGGCUGCGCAUGAACGCGACGGCGCUGAGCAAGGCGACGCCGGUGAACCUGGUGAACCACGCCUACUGGAACCUGGGCGGCCACGGCAGCGGCGACGUCCUGGGCCACCUCGUCCAGGUGUUCGCGUCGCGGUACACGCCCGUGGACCAGUCCAUGAUCCCCACGGGCGAGAUCGCCGGCGUCGCCGGCACGCUUUACGACCUCCGCGCCCCGACCCCGCUGGGCUCCCGGAUCGGCCUCGUCUCCGGCGGCGGCGCCGCCGGGUACGACGUCAACUACGCGGUGGACGGGGAGGGGUUCGCGCCGGUGGCGCACGUCAGGGACCCGGCGUCGGGGCGGGCGAUGGAGCUGUGGGCAGACCAGCCCGGCGUGCAGUUCUACACCAGCAACUGGCUCAAGGACGAGAAGGGCAAGGCCGGGGAGGUGUACCAGAAGCACGGCGCGCUGUGCCUGGAGACGCAGGCGUUCCCGGACGCCGUGAACCACCCCAACUUCCCGUCGGAGAUCGUCAGGCCCGGCGGGGUGUACCGCCACGACAUGCUCAUCAAGUUCUCCUCCUAACAAUUUGGAGUCCGUCCGUGUGGCACCAGCGAGCGAGCAGCUGUGUGCUGUGGUAAUAAGGCCGAUCAUCAGCGUGCCAAAACGCCAGUGAUGUACAAGCAGAGAUGCCGUGUGGCUCAUGGUAGCUAGCCGUGCUUGAUGUGUAACAAGGAAACUGAACGUGAGUGAACAAUCUUGCGCUGAAUUUCAUUUUUUGUGCUGCGUUCGACAGCAGUUAUUGUUAGUCACAACAAAGGUUUUC